CUCUCAGUCAGGGUCUAACUAUAUUCCAAAAGUCCUAAGGACUAUUUUACUGGAGAUUGGAUGUUUUCUGACAUUGAGGUUCCACUAGUCUCCAUAGUUAUAGUCUCCAUUAGACUAGUCAUUAGGUAUUGGAUGAUAAUAGCGAUACAGAUAUGGCCACAAACACUGACAACGCAGACACAAGGAGUGACACUGACAUUGGAGAAGACUUGCAAGGACAUAGAGACACCAACUCGAAAACAGAGACUGACAAUCAAUAUGAAACAAAUGGACAGAGCAACACAGAUACAACAAAUGACACCGACAAUGAAGAUGUGAUGGAUGGGCAGAGUGACAAGGACAGUUCUGGCACAGACAAUGAAGAUGAAAUGGAUGGUCAAACAAACAACAAUGAGACUGAGGACGAAGAUGACACAGAGAGUGACAUCAACACUACAACAGACACUGAAGAAUAGCUUGAGAGACAAAAAGAUGCAGAUUCGCAAUCAGACAGUGACAGUGGAGAUGUCAAUGAUGGACAGAGAGAGACAGACACGACAACUGACACUGACAAAGAUGAUGACACAGAUGACGGCACGUAUGAUGACACGGAUGGAUAAAGUGAGACAGACACAACCACUGACAAUGAAGAUGGACAGGGA